UCAAGAUGGCGGGCAUGGUGAAGAAUUUCUUGUAUGCCUUUUGUGGCAAGAAAAAGACACAACCGGUGUACACAGAGAAGCCGUCUAGGAGUGGAAAGUUUUGUUUCCAGGUCCAAGUGAAUGGUUUUGAUUACACUGGAUUUGGAUCUGCAACGAACAAGAAAGAAGCUGAAACCAAUGCUGCUAAAGACUUUGUUGGAUUUCUGAUUGGUGCUGGAUUCAUUCCUGCAGAUUCAGUUCCUGAUGAAAUACUGGCUGAUCAGAAUAUGGAGGAUGCAGCCCCAGUACCCCAACCCCUGCCAUCUAAUGUAGCCCCUGCUCCUCAGUCUCUGAUGUCGACCAAUCCAGGACAAGGAGGAAUGCAACAGAACAUGUCACAACCUCCACAACCGUUGUUUAACCAGGGUCCUAAUUUUGGUGGGGGACAUAAUAUGGGAGGUGCUCAAAGAGAUUACCACUACAGCAUGUACAAYAAACGAAGCUUUGUAGAGGCUGAAGACAUUGAUUUGGAUGCGCAUCUCCAUGGAAACUGGACACUUGCCAAUUCUAAGUCUAGACUACAUCAAUACCUGCAGCAGAACAGGCUACCAGCAGAGUUUAAAUACAGUACAGUGGGACCAGACCAUAACAGAUCAUUCAAGGCAGAGCUCUCAGUAUUUAUCAAAAGCCACAGAAAAACUAUUCGUGGUACUGGUACUGCUUCCACCAAGAAACAAGCAGCUCAAAGCUGUUCUCUCAGUUUGGUUCGUCAGUUGUUUCACAUUGGUGCAAUAGAGGCUGCUGAACCUGGUCARCUACAGGCAAAGAAACAGAAAACAGAUGAUAUAGAGCCAUAUGAUGUUGGUAUUAGUCCUGAGCUUGAGCAUCAGUUAACAACUCUUCUACAAGACCUUGGAAUACAACCAGUUCCACAGGAACCCAUCCCUACAAGUAAAGAUUACCAAGAAGAGUUCUUGCACAAAUGUCGAUCUGAUCAAACAUACAUGAGUCUUCUUGAUCAGCGUAGUUCCCUUCCUGUAUUCAACUACAAAGACAYCAUACUAAGAGCUAUAAAUGAGAACAGAGUUAUUAUUAUAAAAGGAGCCACUGGCUGUGGUAAAACAACACAGGUUCCUCAGUUCAUUUUAGAUGAGUAUCUUGCUAAUGGUAGAGGUGCAGAUUGCUGUGUAGUUGUAACACAGCCGAGACGAAUCAGUGCUGUAAGUGUUGGUGAGCGAGUGGCAGUUGAACGUAAUGAGCCCAUUGGUACAAGUGUUGGUUAUUCAGUGCGGUUCGACUCAGUGCUUCCUCGUAGUCAUGCAUCAGUCUUGUUUUGCACUGUUGGUGUUUUGCUAAGAAAACUUGAAAAUGGUCUUCAUGGUGUGUCCCAUGUAGUUGUUGAUGAGAUUCACGAGAGAGACAUUAAUACUGACUUCAUUCUUGUUGUACUACAAAGAAUGGUCCAAACAUACCCCAAUCUGCGGAUCAUUCUCAUGUCUGCCACGAUUGACACACAAAUGUUUUGUGAAUACUUUGGUAAUUGUCCAAUAAUUGAGAUUGAAGGACGAUCUUUCCCUGUUCAAGAGUAUUAUCUGGAGGAUGUGAUUCAAAUGCUAGGGUUUGUACCACCAAUCCCAGAAAAGAAGAAAAAGAGAGAUGAGGAUGUUGAUGACGAAGAGGAAAAUUGUAAUAACAUUUGCAGUGAUCAGUAUUCCUUUCAAACCAAAAACUCCAUGGCGCARCUAAGUGAGAGAGAAAUGUCAUUUGAAUUGAUUGAGGCUCUUCUUGAUUACAUCAGUAAUCUUGGUGUUCCCGGUGCGGUCCUUAUCUUCUUACCAGGGUGGAACUUAAUCUUUGCUUUACAUAAGCAYCUAAAGAUGCAUAGAAUAUUUGGGAGUCCUCAGUAUCGCUUACUUCCUUUACAUUCACAAAUACCAAGAGAAGAUCAACGAAGAGUCUUUGAACCUGUUCCGGAAGGAGUAACAAAGAUUAUUCUUUCUACUAACAUUGCUGAAACUAGUAUCACUAUAGACGAUGUCGUCUUUGUCAUUGAUUCAGUCAAAGCCAAAGUGAAGCUCUUCACCUCACACAACAACAUGACCAACUACGCAACGGUCUGGGCAUCUCRAACAAACAUGGAACAGCGACGAGGUCGUGCAGGUCGUGUAAGACCUGGCUUUGCCUUCCAUUUGUGCAGCAGGACAAGAUCUGAGAGACUCGCUGAACAUGCUACACCUGAAAUCCUUCGAACGCCUCURCAUGAGUUGGCAUUGUCAAUUAAGUUGCUUAAGUUGGGUGACAUCAAAGAGUUCCUUAACAACGCYAUUGAGCCACCUCCUUUGGAUGCCGUGGUAGAGUCUGUGGCAAUAUUAAAAGAUAUGGAAGCACUCGAUAGCAAUCAAAACUUGACACCCCUUGGAUACAUGCUUGCUAAGCUCCCUAUUGAACCACGGCUKGGAAAGAUGGUCAUUCUUGGUUGCAUCUUUCAGUGUGGUGAUGCCACUUGUACCAUUGCCGCUAGUACCAGUUUCCCAGAGCCUUUUGAGACGCCGUCUGACCGUCGGAGACUGGGCUGGGUUCAUAAGAAGUUCUCUGGUACUCGGCAUAGYGAUCAUAUUGCCAUGUUGAGUGCUUACCARUCCUGGGAGGAUGCAAGAUCUGUAGACGAUGAAGAUGAAUCAUCCGAAAGGAGUUUCUGUGACAGUCAUCAGCUUAACAUGUCGACAUUACGAAUGACAUCUGAAGCGAAGAUGCAGUUAAAGAAUCUCUUGUGCGAUGCCAAUUAUCCAGAAGAUUGUAUGCAUCCUGAACCGUUCAACUAUAGUGGUCCUGACUCCAAACUCGACAUGGUUGUGGCACUACUUUGUCUUGGUCUUUACCCCAACGUCUGCAUGCAUCGCGAAAAGCGAAAAGUAGUUACCACAGAAGGAAAGGCAGCUCUUGUACACAAGUCGUCAGUCAAUUGCACYAACAGGGAAUACAUCUUUCCUUCGCCUUUCUUUGUGUUCGGAGAGAAGAUUCGAACCCGUGCGGUUUCUUGUAAACAGAUGACGAUGGUGAAUCCUCUACAGUUGCUCUUGUUCAGCACAAGUAAAGUUAGUGCAGAUAAAGGAAUGAUCCGGAUCGAUGACUGGAUUCGUCUACGCAUGCCCUACAACCAAGCAGCCAUGAUCGUUGCGUUACGACAAGCAAUCGAUGUAUUAUUGAUCCAGGCGGCGACMAACCCGACCUCUAUCGCCGAACCGUCGCACGCCGACGAGCGCGUGAUUAACAUAAUCAAAGCUCUUUCGAGAAGCAAUGCUGGAAAGUUUAUACAAGGAAAUCCAGGGUAUCCGCCACAACCUCCACAGUUCCAGGGGCAUCGAGGAAGAGGGGGGGGCUUCGGAAGAGGGUCCCGUGGUUUUGUCCCACAAAAGCGAGGGUACCAAGGUCCUCGUCAUUACCGUGGUGGUGGAGGCUUUCGUGGUAGAGGGGGCGGAUUCGGUGGWGGACGAGGAGGCGGCGGWUUCGGAGGAGGAGGAUUCGGAGGAAGAGGUGGCGGUGGAUUUCGAGGAGGUUUUCGWGGAGGGAGAGGCGGAUACUGAUAAAAAUUACUAUACUUCUCCUCCYGUCGUGACAUUAGCAUGGAAAAUGCUUAGAUUUAAAGUAAAUCCUUCGCACCCAAUAAUGAACCUAUUUAAAACAUUGUGUUAGCGGAGAAUGGACAACAUACAGAACACUCUCUUUCCCAAUAUCAAGAUAGUAUUUGAACAGAAAAAAAAAUUCUUCAUUUUAUAAUUUUAGUUCAGUUUCGUGAAAUACAAUCUCGUGAAUGGCAACAUAUUUGAAAGAGAUAAAGAACACAAUCAAGUCGUUAUAUUAUUUGAACAGAAAAGUCAAACUAUCCCUCGCUUGUAGAACAGUUUUGUGAAUAAAKAUAUAAAAUUAUAGUGUUUCGUC